AUGACAGAAUCUAUAGAUUUGGAUAAAUUGUUGGUUGGUAGAAUGCCUGAAAUGUAUAAAUGUCUUCAAUGUAAAUGUUUAUUAAAGAGACCACUCCAAUGUAAAAAUGGACAUGUUUGUUGUGAAUCUGAUUGGCGAAUAAUGUUUAAUAAAAAUAAAAAAGAAUGUCACGAAUGCAGGGUUGCUAUUAGUGGAGUUGAUGCAUUAGCAAGGAAUAUUUAUUUAGAAGAGGGGCUUGGAAAAUUAAAGAUAUAUUGUCCAAACUCAUUCAUUAAUUUACAAAGAGAGGCAGAAGAUGGUGGUUGUGAAGAAACUAUUACAAUUGGUUCAAUAGAGACCCAUUUAAAUAUUUGUUUAUUUACAGAAAUCAAUUGCGCCAAUAGUUCGAAUUGUGGUAAAAUUAGAAGAGGUGAAAUGGGGACACAUAUCGAACAAUGCCAAUAUGAAAUAAAAAAAUGUGAAUGUAAUCAUUCUUUUAUAAGAAAAGAUAUGGAAGAACAUAAAGCAAAAAUUUGCCCAGAAACCUUAAUCGAGUGUGAAUAUUGCAAUAUGAAAUUUAAAAGAAUUGAUUUAGGGGACCAUAUUGAUGAAGAUUGUCCAAAAAAAGAAAUUAGUUGCCCAUAUUCAAAGUACUCGUGUGAAUUUAAAACAAAUAGAGGAGAAAUGCAAAACCAUUUAGAUCAUUAUGAUCAUUUGGUAUUGGUUAAGAAUAGAUGCGAUUAUCUAGAGAGUCUCCUUAAAGGUUUAGAAUCUACCGUUUUGACCUUAAAGCAACAUUCAGAAAGUAAUUUAAAUAUCUUAAAGAAUCAAAUUAAAGAUAUUAAUGAACAAAAUAAAUACUCAUCAAAAUGGAUUAUCCAUAAUUGGAGUGACAAGGUUAAAAAGUAUCAAAAAGGUCAGUGUUUAGCUUCACCAGUUUUCAAUAUUUCUCAAACAAAGAAAUUCAACAUAAGAGUUUACCCAAACGGUGAAAAGGAAAACAAAUUAACAAUUUCUUUGUGCAAGCAAUUUGAUUCAAAAUGUAAAGUCAACUACCGAUUUGAAGUUAUAAAUUUUGAUUAUUCACAAUCAAUUUUUCAAGGAACAAAUGUCUAUUAUAGUAAUAUUAUUUAUGAAGAUUGGAAUAACACAAAAGGUUUUCUUAUCGACAAUACCCUCACCAUUGGUUUUAAUAUUAAAAUUGAAAAGCUUUAUGGGGACUAUAUGACAACUGCUUAG